CGAAAAUCAACUAUAUUCAUAUAAUUUUUAAAAUAUAAACAUGAAUAAAAACUUUCUUCUUAUAAAACAAUGAAUUUGAGGCCCGAAGAACUUAAUUUUUUGGUGUUUAGAUACCUACAAGAAUCAGGAUUUCUUCAUUCUGCUUAUGUCUUUGGUGAAGAAAGUAAGAUAACACGAACAUCUUUUAACGGAAAAAUUAUUCCUACAGGCUCAUUGGUUAAACUUAUAUAUAAAGGGUUAUUAUAUACAGAAGUGGAAAAUAAUAUUAAUGAGGAUGGUACUGAAAAAAAUAGUAUAAUACCAGAACUGACAUUGUUAGAGGCAAUAUCAUUAAAAGUUAUUGCAAAUAAUGCGAAUAUCAACAAUCAAAACACAAAUGUAAAAACUGGAGUUCCAACUACCCAUAUCAAUUUGAACUCAAACCUAAAUGUAUCUGAAAAGUCUAAUAAUAAUAUAAAAACUAGCAAUUACUUUAAUACACACAAUCCUAAUAAUGACAAUGGUGCAGUUGUUGAAGCAAUUGAAACUAAUGCCAAUAAUGAUAAUACACAAAUGGAAGUUGUAUCAACCAAUUGUAUUAUCUCCAAAGCCAAAGAAAAUGAAACAAGUAUUAUCACCUCACUUCCUCUAACACCUACAAUUGAAAAUUCAUCAAACAGUUUAAACCAUCAACCCUUCCAUCUCAAAAUGUCUGCUGGUAGUAAUAUUCCAUUAACCGUAUCUUCCACCAUUUUGUCUCCAAAUAACGUGAUCACCCUGAAAGGCCACUUGUCUGAAGUUUUUAUAUGUGCGUGGAACCCAGUCAGAGACCUAUUAGCAUCUGGUUCUGGGGACUCGACUGCCAGAAUAUGGGACUUGUCGAACUUGAAUAAUUCGAUUCCAACUACCAAUAACCCAGCUAACCUGAGCACCACAUACAAUUUUGACAAACACCUGAUUCUCAGGCAUUGCAUUCAGAGGGGUGGCUCGGAAUUCAUGAGCAAUAAGGACGUCACCUCCCUCGAUUGGAACUCAGAUGGAACCUGCUUGGCCACGGGAUCGUAUGAUGGAUACGCCAGAAUAUGGACUUCCGAUGGGAACUUGAAAAGCACGUUAGGUCAGCACAAGGGUCCCAUCUUUGCCCUCAAAUGGAACAAAAAGGGUAAUUACAUUCUGAGCGCAGGAGUGGAUAAGACUACCAUCAUAUGGGACGCGAGUUCUGGUCACUGCACCCAGCAAUUUUCCUUCCACUCGGCUCCCGCCUUGGAUGUGGACUGGCAAAACGACACCACCUUUGCCUCGUGUUCGACGGACCAAGCCAUUCACGUUUGCGCUCUGGGCUCCGAAUCGCCCAUCAAAACGUUCAAAGGACAUGGGAACGAAGUGAACGCUAUUAAAUGGGAUCCACAAGGAAAGUUAUUAGCAUCUUGUUCGGACGAUAAGACUAUCAAGAUAUGGACUAUGAAGCAUGACGUCCCCCUAUACGAUAUUAAAGCCCACGAAAAAGAGAUUUACACUAUCAAAUGGUCUCCCACGGGACCUUGGACCAGCAAUCCCAAUUCACCGCUCUACCUCGCAAGCGCAUCCUUCGACUCUUGCGUAAAAUUAUGGGAUUUGGACAAGUGCUCAUGUCGUUUGGAUUCGCCAUUGUAUCCAGUUAUAACCCUUCCCGUUCAUACAUUUACCCGCCAUCAGGAGCCCGUUUACACUCUGGCCUUCAGCCCUAGUGGAAAUUUAUUAGCUAGCGGUAGUUUCGAUAAAUUCGUUCUCAUUUGGUGCGUUAAGACUGGUAAUUUGGUUAGCACUUUUCAAGGGACUGGUGGUAUCUUCGAGAUAUGCUGGAAUUUUACGGGGGAUAAGGUCGGUGCCUCAGCGUCUGACGGAACGGUAUUUGUAUUGAAUUUGCGAAAUUUGAAGCAAGCUCAUAAGCAAACUCAGAAGCAAUUUACAUCAAGUUCCGUUUCCUCUAUCCCUAUAGCCGCCGCCUCAACUUUAUGACACUCUUUCCCUUAUAUAUUUUUUUAAAAAAUAACUAAUGAAUAAGGAUAAUAAAUAUUAUAUUCUUCUAUUUCGUUUAAAGUGAGUAUAUUUUGUUUUUUAUAUAAAAAAA